AUGAUGCACCGACAGACAUUACGGUCGGUGACCCGUCGCACUGCGCCCGCCGACGUCGAAUCUCUAUCCGCCUACUUCCACCAGAGCUUCUCGACAUCCACGUAUUUUCAGGCCGACGAGCCUGCGCCAUCAGACAAGCCAUUCAACGUGCGGAGCAAGUCACUCGCCGCGGCAGACAAGAUCAAGAACCUAGUCGGAGGGCAGACACGCCCGGCACCGGCACCCAGGAGUAACCCGGGCGCCACAGGGCCCAAGAUUGUCGACAUCAAGAGCCUGCCUCGAGGCGGUCUACGCGGGCGAGGAGGCUUCCGAGGCCGUGGUGGCGCAUCAGCAGGUGCUUCUGCCGGUGGUGCCGGGGGGGGGCCCAAUCGCUUCGCUGGCGCAUCUAGGGGAAACGCCGCACGAGGUGGACGAGGAGGUGCCUCUGCCCGCGGCCGUAGAGGAAACGCUGUGCGUAAAGGUCGCAAGAAGGGCGAGGAAGGAGAGGAGGGCGACCGCAAAGACCGGCGAUUCGACCAGGGACACGCUGUCGAGCCCGAGGCCCAGGCCUUUAUGGACACCAUGCGCUACGGCGUGACCACAACCUUCAAUCCUUCUGUCACGACCAAGUCUCUCGAGGGCCACUUCCCCGCCGUCCCAUCGGGGCAGCACGGUGCGCUGGCGUCCGUGCACCAAUCCCUCGCCGCCCUGGGCGGGGGGAACCGCGUCGGCCUCCCCGACGAGCACACGCCCAAGGACAACGCGCGUGACCUGCACACGACCAAAUUCCGCUACUUCUCCGACGUGGAGUCCAAAGACCGCGUGGAGGCGCAUCUCCAGGCGCGCUACAAGACGGACAAGCAGCAGGUGCUCCCCGCGGACGAGCACGUGCGCAAGGUCGUGUGGGAGCAGGCGGUGCUGGGGAAGCACGAGGCGCCUCAAUUUGCGGACGCUAAGAACUCGACGCAGAUUGCCAGGAACUGGCAGCUGAGGAAUGAAACGUGGCAACCGAGGGAGGCGUCCAUCUUUGAGGCAAAGGUCGCCUCGCUGCUGGAGAGGGCAAAGCCAAAAGGCGGCGCCAAGCAGCAGCAGCCCAAGAAGGCAUGA